AUGGACCUUUCUCACUCUACUCUGAAGAUUGAGGAGGGAUCCUUUGACCAAUCUACUUCUUCUACGAUUGGCUAUGGUUCCCUGGGAGAGUUAAAGCCCGUUGCCACUUCUCUUGAUGAAUUGAGCGAAAAUGCCCAGCAGUUUCCUACGAUUCAAACAGUGCUGCUUCAUAACCAGGAAGCGACUCUGGUGGAUACUCCCCUUUCACUCUCGGUCCUCGCCUUCCGUCACUUGCUUCUCUCAAAAGGGAUCCUUCGUGACCUUUCCUCCCUCACAGGGUGGCGUCUCCAAUUCAACGGCGUCACUCUGGACGAUGCUGCUCCAUUGCACACUCUCUCUCUUCCGCCUGGCGCUCUCUUCUGCACCAUUGCAGUGCACGACAGCCACGAAAUUGUGUUCGACCCGCCUUCUUUCGACGGAAUCAACGCCGCCGUCGUGCCUCCCGUGAACAACACUAUCUAUUUCCGCUCCAUUGAGCGAUCGAAAGUCUCUCCGACCCAGCCUGCUGCGGAGGUCCCCGAGUCGACGUUCGCUUCCGAGCUGACGCAGCCGCGAGGCCCGGAAGUGAAGGAGGCGGAGUACGAUUACUUCCCAAUCCUGCGCCGUUCGGGCUAUUACAUGGUGCCUUCUCACUUUGAUAUGGCGAGCAAAUCGCAGGCGGAAGUGGCGAGUCUCGAGGGAUUCACGGUGGGUCAUGAAGGGGUGGGAGAGAUCUGCUGGGAAGGAGUCACGGAUGCGUGUUAUUUGAAUCUGGAUCAUCGAGUGGUGAUCGAAAAGGACCUGCACGGAGUGCCCUACGUGCAGCUGUACCCGCCAGAAUUGUACUUGCGACCUAUGCCUCCGGUGGGCUGCGAGCUAAACAAGAGAGCGAUUGUGAGACUCUUUAACAUGUAUCCGAUGACUCUUCGGUCCGACCAGGGAAUGGCUCGAUAUGAGGAGAUGCUGCGGCGGAUGGUGGAGUCGAUUGGAGGAGAGUGGCUUGGAUAUAACAGAGAAAAUGCAAUUUUAGAGUUUAGAGUUGAUCAUUUUUUGCCUGUUUGA